AAAAGAGACAAGGAGGUCAACCGUAUAUUCGACCACGAUAGAUCCGGUGUCCCGUACCUAGUCUCUGGAUCGCGACAUUCUGAACUUCUCUUUUGCUUGAUUCCGACCAUAUUCGACCAUGGCAGCCAGCAAGAGCGAUAUGGAUUUCAGUAUCAAGCCGGAGGCGGCGACACCUCCAAUUCCUACAUCAGAAUGGCCGCUGUUAUUGAAGAAUUAUGAUAAAUUGCUUGUCAGAACUGGACAUUUCACCCCAAUCCCAGCAGGGUGCACUCCCUUGAAGCGUGAUUUGAAGUCGUAUAUCAGCUCCGGCGUUAUCAACCUUGAUAAACCAUCGAAUCCUUCCAGUCACGAGGUUGUCGCAUGGAUGAAGAGAAUUUUGCGGGUCGAGAAAACGGGCCACAGCGGAACUUUGGAUCCUAAAGUUACUGGAUGUUUGAUCGUUUGUAUAGACCGCGCCACUCGCCUCGUCAAGUCCCAGCAAGGAGCAGGAAAGGAGUACGUCUGUGUGAUCCGAUUGCAUGACAAGAUUCCGGGAGGCGAAGCUCAGUUCGCGCGUGCCCUUGAAACCUUGACCGGUGCUCUUUUCCAAAGACCACCGUUGAUCUCUGCUGUAAAGCGUCAGUUGCGAAUUCGCACUAUUCACGAGAGCAAACUAUACGAGUUCGACAACGAUAGGCAUCUGGGUGUUUUCUGGGUCAGCUGCGAGGCUGGAACCUAUAUCCGAACAUUGUGUGUGCAUUUGGGUUUGCUUCUCGGGGUUGGUGCGCACAUGCAGGAACUGCGAAGAGUUCGAAGUGGUGCUAUGGACGAGCAGGAUGGGAUGGUGACGCUACAUGAUGUUCUCGAUGCUCAGUGGAUGAUGGACAAUAACCGCGAUGAAUCGUACUUGAGACGUGUGGUUCGACCACUGGAGACUUUGUUGACAACUUACAAGCGUGUUGUUGUCAAGGACAGUGCUGUCAAUGCCGUCUGUUACGGAGCGAAAUUGAUGAUUCCCGGAUUACUCCGUUUCGAGGCUGGAAUUGAAGUCCAUGAGGAAGUUGUCUUGAUGACAACCAAGGGAGAAGCUAUCGCUCUUGGCAUUGCACAGAUGUCCACAGUCGAAAUGUCCACCUGUGAUCACGGCGUUGUCGCUAAGGUCAAGCGUUGCAUCAUGGAGCGAGAUCUGUACCCACGACGAUGGGGUAUGGGUCCCGUUGCCCUCGAAAAGAAGAAGAUGAAGGCAGAUGGCAAGCUUGAUAAAUUUGGCCGGCCCAAUGCUUCGACCCCAGCCAAAUGGCAGGCUGAAUACAAGGACUACAGUGCUUCCGCUGACGCUGCUGCUCCUCAGCCAGCCACUGAAGCAACACCGGCUACCCCCGCACAAGCGCCAGCGGCAUCUCCAGAAGGAGCGUCAUCUCCUGCUCCAGAGGCAGACAAGGAAGACGCCAAGAAGCGAAAGAGACACGACGGUGAGACUCCAGAAGAACGCGAGGAGCGAAAACGUAGAAAGAAGGAGAAGAAGGAAGAAAAAGAGAAGCGGAAGCAGGAGAAGAAGGAGAAGAAGGAAAGGAGAAAGUCCAAGCAGGCUGAAAGUAGUGACUCAGAGUGAUUCGCCUUUGCGCUGUUUGCUGUGUUUUUUUUUUGUAUCAUACUUUGGAGUCUCGGUCAAAAAGGGGGUUUGCUAUCUGUUCUCUGAAUCUUUGGGGUUUGAGUGAUGUUUCAAGUGUCGUUUGUUUGACAGCUGUUGGUAUAUAAUGGCCACUGUUUAUUA